CGAAUUUGCGCGCGCAAUCUCCUCCCUCCAUCGCCGGGCAAACCGAACAGCGCAAGACCGGCGCCGCGCGCGCACGUGACGUCAAAACGCCGCCCGUAUGUCGAGGCAAGGCUGAAGGCGCCGUCAUUUAACAUUAUUCCGUUUUACCGCGCUCGGCGCUCGCUCUGUGUUCCGUGCCCUACUACGAUCGUACGGUCCGUGACUACGGGAGUGUGCGUGUGCGCCGCUACGCAAACAAUUCAUACAAUAUUACAAUAAUUAUUAAUUAUACAACCAUAGUUCAUGACGCCUUCAUAGGAACACCGUUAUCGCGCUCGCGGUUCGCCGUAGUUCGCGAUUCGUUUUUGUUCGGUCUUUUGAGUAGAUCGAUCGGGCGGGCUCCCUUGCGAUCGUCGCGGUUAUGUGCGCGCCACGGUAACGGUUCCUGCAUAAUUUUUUUCGUUUCGCUUGUUCACCGUGGCGACGGACGAUCCUCCACGGCGGCCGCCUUCGUCGGCGCAACACUAAUGCCCCAAUAACAUGGGCAAGUCCAGGUUUCUCGGGAAACCGCCAAAGACGCGGUGUCAGCGCACCAUGAUCCGGGUCGGCGUGUCGUCCGAUUUCGUGGACGUCGAGGCCAAGAACGCCCGGCUGAUAUCCAUCGCGCUCAACGUGUUCCGGACGACGUUUGAAAAGGACGACGAGCAACAGGAGUUCACGGGGUUCAGCAAUAGUGACUGCGACGAAAUUGCCGAUAAGCUGCGCGUGAGAGAGACUUGCGAUCGAAAUGCCACUCCGUACGACCAACAGAGCAAGUACAGCACUGACACUGUUGUGGUUCAACCUAGUAUUAUAAGUAAAAUGGAUUUUCCAAAAGUUAAAAAAGAAGAAAACACAAAAUGUGAACCUAAUACUGAAAAUAAAAACACCACUUUAUCUUCAGUUGUAUCCUGUCUGGAUGACAAUCUUAACUAUACUUUUGCAAAAUCAUGCAAAGGGGGUCCAUUGAAUAUGAACCAAACUAGUGGUGAAGUUCAAUGUGGUGUUUGUGGUGUUAUUCGUUUUUAUAAGUCAAUUGCAAAGACCAAAAAGUAUGGAGCGUACAGUUGUGAUUCGUGCAGAAAGUUUAUAGCUAAAUCAAUUGAAAAUCAAAAUUCUAUCAAUCGUUGUAAUAAUGAUAGAGGUAUAGGGCAGUGUCGUAUUCCAAAUGGGCUUAAAUCCCAAAACGGUGUGACAAGAAUUGUAUCUACUGAUUCUCGAUGUAAAGCUUGUUGGCUUCAAUUGUGUCUGAAGCGAUUAAAGUUACCAGAAACAACAGUUCAACGGUUAUUAGACACGCUUCCCAGAGAAAUAGCUCCAGUACUAAUGUGGGUCUUGAAAAAACCAGAUCCAUGGACCAUAAAUAUAGAAAGUAGUCUUCAAAAAAAGAUUUUACGAGAUCAUAAGCUUCACAAAGAAAUCAUUGGUGCUUUAAGAGAUGAAGACAGUGAUGAAAGCAAUGAUGAGUUGUAUAGUAGUGAAAAUGAUGUUGAUGAAUGUUCUGAUAAGUCUGAUUCAGAUAUAGAAUACAAUACAAAAAAAGGAUGUAGUAAAAAAAAACCAAAGCUAGAAGAAAAAGUAAAGAAAAAAAAAAAGAAAAAAGUCGAUGUUUGUAGAGAUGUUCAACCAAAUUACAAUAAACGAAUCCCAUCAGUACGAUCAAUAAAUACUGCAACAUCCAACUUAUUAGAAAGUAAAGAAUGCAAAUAUUUUAACACAAAAGGACCCAGAAUUAAACAUGUGUGUCGCACUGCUGAGUCUGUUUUGGGACAAACCCUUGCUACCUUUGGAAAUGUUUUAGACAAUUCUCUAGAUGUUGAUGUGUUACCAGUGGACAUAAUAAAUUCAUCUCAGCAUAUUAGAAAUGAUGGAAAUAUGACAAGUGGUAUGGAAUUAACCAAUGUUAUGGAAUCAUCUACUACCUUAAAAUGUUCAAAAAUGCCAAUACCUGUAGAUAAUGAACAAGAUUUUUUUUUAUCUAUUCAACCAAAUAGAACACUUCAAGAUCUAAUGAUGCAAGAUCAUCUUAAUGCAAACAUAGAUAACACUGAAGAUGACAAAACUGUUGAUUUAAAUUUUCGAGAAAGUUAUGACCCAGAUAGAAUUGCAGAAAAUGGGUUUGCUAUUGUGGGAACUGAACCACUAUCAAUACCUCGACGAGCAGUAUGUUUCUUAUGUGGAAGUGCAGGAAUGGAAAAAUUAAUCCACUGUGUUUCUUGUUGUGAACCUUAUCACAAGUUUUGUGUUGAUGGAGUUGGUGUUGGAAUUUCUUCACAUGAAAGUGAAUGGUCAAAAAUUAGUUGGACAUGUCCGAAAUGUAAGGUUUGUAAAGGUUGUCAAAGUAGAGGUACAACACGACCAAAAUUAACUUGUCAACGAUGUAAGGAUUCCUAUCAUGAUCAUUGUCUUGUUGACAAAAUUGUUUAUGAUCGAAACAGGCCAUGGGCCUGUCCCCCUUGUAGAAAAUGCAAGAGUUGUCAUGUACCUCGAGUUGAUUACUUUGUUGGCAAUUUAGCUCUGUGUUCAAUGUGCUUUCAAUUAAGACAACGUGGUAAUUAUUGUCCACUAUGUCAAAAAUGUUAUGAGACUGAUGAUUAUGAAACAAAGAUGAUGGAAUGUGCAACUUGCAAACAUUGGGUUCAUUCUAAAUGUGAAGGCUUAUCAAAUGAGAAAUAUGAAGUUUUGAGUACAUUACCUGAAGUUAUAGAGUAUGUUUGCAAGAACUGUACUACUGAUAGCACUAUUCCAUGGCGAGUUUAUGUUGAUGAAGCAUUAAAGAGUGGUUUUAUGACUGUUCUACUAAUUCUGGGAAAAAAUAAAAAAACAUGUGAUCUUAUUAAAUGGAGUCCUCAAAAACAAUCACCUGGUUGUGUAUGUAAAAAAUUGAUCAUACCAAAAUUUCCAUCAUUAGAUGGACCUAAUGUUGCUACACUUAAAUCCACUGAUGAAAUUCCUAAACAAUGUGUUUGUCAUGGAUUGGAAGGAUGGUCCAAAGGUACUCCAACACUAGUGACAAUAAAACAGAAAGUAAAUAACAACGAAUAUGAAUCCCUUAGUCAAUUUAAUGAUGACAUGUUAAGUACUAUUGAUAAAUUUAUUGUGCCUGAACUUCGAUUAGAAUAUAAGAAAAUUGUAACUGAAGUUUUUCCGUGGUUCAACUCUGAUUUUGAAAAGAACUCUCCUCGUAAAAGUUCUUAUUCAUCUAGCACAUUACCAAUUAUAAGUCCACCCAAGUUUAUCCCAAAAUUGCCAUUAAAUUUACUUAAUUCUGAUAUAAAAGCUCUACAGGAUAUUAUUGGUAACGAUGAAAAUAAUUAUUAUUUGACUCCUACAAUAGAAGAUACAAGAGUGUGUCAAUUUUGCAAGAAAUUGGGUGAAGGCAUUCCAAUGCGAGAAGGACGGCUUCUUUAUUGUGGUGAUAAUAUAUGGGCCCAUGCCAAUUGUGCUUUAUGGUCUUCUGAAGUCUUUGAAGAAAUUGAUGGAUCAUUACAAAAUGUUCAAUUAGCUCUUUCUAGAGGUAAACUUGUUCGAUGUGUGGUUUGCAACGAAAAAGGCGCAAGUGUUGGAUGUUGUUAUCGAAAUUGUGUGAAGACAUAUCAUUUUCAAUGUGCUAGAAAAGUAUUUUGUGUUUUUAACGAGAAUAAAACUGUGUACUGUAAUAACCAUGCAUCUGAUACUCGUUGUAGCGUUAAAGAUUUUACGUUAGAAAGACUGAUUUACAUCGAACAAGAAGACAUCAAACAAAAGCGUAAAGAAAGCUCAGAGAUUCAUAUUUUAAUUGGUUCGUUAUAUAUUAGUUGUAUUGGACAUUUACAUCCAUUUUUAUCGGACAGUGUUGAAUCUAUUUUGCCUAUUAAUUUUAAAGCCAAACGAUACUAUUGGUCAACAAAAGAACCUUGGAAAUUAAUACAGUACAAUUGGACAACCAAGUUGGAAAAUUAUGUAGAAAAGUUAAAAUUUGACAAACUUAACUACACUAUUGAUCACAACAAACAAGAAAAUGUAAUUGAUCUUACCAAAAACGAAGAUUGUAAACAAGAUUUAGAUAUUAAUUUGUUUACAUCCAUUCAGGUGGAUAACUUACAAAAGUGUUAUGAAGCUUUAAAAAGAAAAUGCCCAAUUGAUUCCACUUUUCAAGCUAAACGUAUGAAAAUGGAUAGUAGUAUUGAUUGUUUUGCUUACCCCAACUAUGAUACAGACUCUGAAUUUGAAUCCACAAUUGAUGAAACUUGUAGAAUGGAAAUAUUUUCAAAUAGUUAUGGAUUAAAACCAAAAUCAAUUCCUCAAUUUGACGGAUUGUAUGAUUCAAGUGACUGUGAAUCAGAAUUUGAAUUAUAUCAACUUGAUAAUUUGACUGAUGUCAUUGAUGAUUGUACAAAUGACCAACCAGUAAAAUGUAUUAAAUGUCAUCGUACAUAUAGGACUAGUGUGAGUUAUGAAAGACAUUUGGUAAAUUGUAAUUUUGAUUAUGAGAUAGACAGUGACAGCGAAUCCAGCGAUGACGACAAAUCUGACAAGAUAAUUGAAGACGAUUGUUUGCCGCUUGUCGAAGAAGUAGUUGUACGAGUAGAAGAUCAUAAUAUUGUGCUUCAACAAAAUUAUAUUCCCACCACUCAAAUAGAAUCUGAACAUCAGCAACAGCAGCAACAACAACAACAACAACAACAACAAGAACCGCCUCAAACUGUCAUACUUCAGCCUAUUCACACUUCAUUUGUCCAACCUUCUGUAUCUGAUGUUCAAUACAUAACAAUAAAUAGUACUCCAACACAAUCUGUCAUGCCAUGUUUUCAGUAUCAAACUCCACCAACUGUAAUAGUACAACCAUCAGUUGUUGAUCCCACUACAGUACUUCUAAACAGUCCUCCAUUGGACAUGUAUGUCUCUCAGAGUAAUAAUUUACUAUUUAGUUCACAACCUAUGAUAGUUGGUUUGGAUCAAUAUACUACUAUGGCUUCAAAUUAUACUUUUACACAAUCGCCUCAAAUUUACCAACCUGCCAAACCCGUAGAACCAAUUUCAAAUCAAUAUUAUAUUAUUAAUACAGAGCCAUCAGUUUCAAACGAAUGGUCAUAUAAUAUAACGUCUGAGAUAAAAACUGAACGUAAAGUGAUGUGUACUCAGCCUAAAGUCUACUCUAACCGUAAAUUGCGAUUAACUGAGUGUUAUGAUACCAAAGAAAAUAUACCUAAUAGCUUAGUGCAAUCUGUGGAAAAUCAGGCGUUUGGUGUUAUGAAUAUCAUGAGAAAUGUAAAUCCAGAACCAUGGAAGAGACCAACUAUGAAAACAUAUUCUUCAAAAAGAAUUGAAGAACAGAAAAUUGUACCAAGAAGAAUUGAAGAAAAGAAAAUUCUUCCAAAAUGUGUUGAACCACCAUUUAAAAUAUCAACUCCUGUAAAUAUUACAGAAAUUGUUAAACCUUCAAAUACUGUUAUUAAUACAGUGAUACCCACAUCAAUAAAUACAGAAUUAAUAGAGUCCUCUCCAAUAAAAUUAGGUUAUUUAUCACCACUUAAAGCUGUGUCAAAUGUUACACCAUGUACAUUGCAAUUAGAUAGUACUUUAUCUUCACCUCUGAAAACCAAACUCAAACCAUUUAAUUCUGCAGUAAAAACCUUAAAAGUGUCACCUUCUCAAAAGAUAAUAAAAGAAGUUAGUUCCGGGGAAUUAGAAAAAAUAAAUCCUUCAUUUUUAAAAGGAGGAAAUACCCAUACCCAGUCUCUAUAUCUACAAAAAAUAGAUAAUUCAUCAGUUCCUCAAUUACUAUUUUGUGAACACAUUCCUAUAAGAUCAGAAAAUCCAUUAUCUUUACUAGAAACAGAAAAACCAUCACAUAUGCAACAGUUCGAAGAACAACUACAAUUACCUGUACAGAAUGUAAACAAAAUAUCAAACGUAUCUACAGUAGAAACAUAUUCAUCUACAUUACUCACAGACAUAAACACAUCACCAUCGUUAUAUUCAGAUAAAUACUCUAGUCCUCUAAUGGUAGCUAACAAAUCUUUGAUAAAUUACGAACCUAUGGAUGUAGAUUUAGUUUCACCUAAUCAUUUUGGAAAUAAUAAAUCACACAUGGAAAUAAAUUCACCUUCCAACAUUUAUGAAAGUAUUUUGUCGAAUUCCCAUAAUGUUAAUAACAAUAAAAGUAAAACAGUUGCAUUAAAUAAAGAAAUUGAUUCAAGUAUUCAAGAAAACUCAUCUCCAAUAAAAACAAAAACUGUCCACCAUAAAUCAUAUCCAGGGCGCCAAUGGUCUUCAUCCACAGCAGAACGUGAACGGACAGUACCUCACCUCAUGUUUGAAAUGAGUUCUGCUGAUGGUGUCUUCUGUAAAGAUCGUUCACUUGUUGAAAUUUGGUCAAAACUAUUUGAUGCCGUUCAGGUAUCAAGGAAUGAACGUAAAAUGCCCCAAUUGGCAUCAAGCAAUCCAUAUGCAAGUGAUAUUACAGCAGCAAUUCGAUCUUUAGGCCUUAGCAAUAAUUUUUUAAAGUAUCUCUUGGAACAACUUUCGGGUGCCAAAGAAUUUGUUAAAUACAAACCAGUAUACCAUAAAGGUGCUGAUGUUGUUGGCUCUACCACUGAAAAUCAUUCAGGGUGUGCUCGUACGGGAAUAGUGGUUAGAAAAAACAGAUAUGACAUGUUCAGCUGGUUAGCUUCCAGGCACAGAAAACCUCCAAAGUUGUUAGCAAAUAAUGAAGACUUUGGUGGUCGACGUGCUAAUUCCUUGCCUAAUGAAAUGAAGUUUAGAAACAUGAAUAAAGCAUUGACUAGCACUAUUGGUGUAUAUCGAUCGGAUAUUCAUGGGCGUGGAUUGUUUUGUUUGAGGGAUAUUGAACAAGGGGAGUAUGUCAUUGAGUAUACAGGGGAGGUUAUUCGAUCGGAAGUGAGCGAUGUACGUGAGAGGCUUUAUAAUAAAAAAGGGAUUGAUUGUUACAUGUUCAGGAUCGAUCAAGAUAUUGUUGUUGAUGCAACUAUGAAUGGAAACUCUUCUAGAUUCAUUAAUCACUCGUGCGAGCCUAAUUGUCAUUCAAAAAUUGAAACAAUCCAUGGUAAAAAGCAUAUAAUGAUUUUGGCUAAAAGAAAACUACUGCAAGGCGAAGAACUCACAUAUGACUAUAAAUUCCCAUUAGAAGAGGAUAAAAUUACGUGCCAUUGUCUUUCAAGAAAAUGUCGUAAAUAUCUAAAUUAACUAUAGUUUUUUAAAUAUUAAUUAUUAUUGUGCUCUACAAAAUUAUUUAUCACUCAAUAUAUUAUAUAUUUUUGAUGUACCUUAUAGAUCUAAUUGUAUACUAUGUAAAAUGAACUGUUAUGCUAUUUUUUUAUAAUUAUUAUUUUUUCUCUACUUAAAGCUAUAUAAUUUUGUUACCUUUCAAUGAUGAACGAAUAUUUUUGUAAUACAAAAUUAAUAUCAUUUUUUAUUGAUUUGAUGAAAAAUGUAUAAUUUAAUUUAUGCAAUAAUCAUACUUAUAUAUUAAUUAACUAUCUAUAUCACUAUUUUCCAUCACCUGUAAAUUAUUAUAAUCACAUACAAUUUAAAACAUGUAAGUUUAGUGGUUAAUAGUCAAAACACAAAAUAUACCUAAAAAUAUCUAGAUUUAACAUAUAAUAAAUGAA